UACGUUGGAUUGAUCGUGUCUCCCGUAGCAGACUGCAAUCUGGCUCAUUUUCUCGACACUGUCUUGCAGGCUGAGUCUAGAGUGACCCUUCUGCGGACGUUCUAUGGCUGUCUGGCAACAGGUCUGGCUUACAUUCACGAUAAACAGAUUCGACAUAAAGACAUCAAGCCGGAAAACAUAUUGUUGAAAGAUAAUACUGUUUUGUACACCGACUUCGGUAUCGCACUAACUGGAAAGACGUAGGCCACAGUAUGACCCAAGACACGUCUCCUCUUAUGACUCGGAGAUACAGUGCUCCUGAGCUACUAGAAGAUGCACCACGUAGCUCUGCCGCGGAUCUAUGGUCUCUGGGCUGCGUCUAUCUGGAAAUGUGUACAAUCCUCAAUGGCAAAUCCAUUUCAGCUAUGAGAGAUCAUCUCCAAGGAUUUGGGUCCAAGAGCGCAAUCGACGCGAAGAAUAAAGACGGUGCCUUUACUUGGGUAAAUCAGCUUUCAGGCAAGGCCAAAUCGCCCACAGAUCUUGUCCCGCUACGAUGGAUUAAAGACUUACUUGCCAAAGUACCGACAACUCGCCCUCUAGGUCGUGACCUCUUGAGCACGAUCCUAAAGUCGACAGACGCCGAC